AUGUCCAAAUUCCAAACCAAAAAGAUUCUCUUGUUUAUGCUUUUUGGGAUGCUCUUUCUCGUUCUCGCCAGUGCAGUCAGCAUCAAUCCUAAGAGAAGAGACUUCACAAGUAGUCAACAAGGAGAUCCAUGUGACAGUGAUUUCCAAUGUGUUACUAAAAUUUGUCGUAUAGAAGGUCUAGAUACAAAAAAAUGUCAACUAACUGAUCAACGAAAAAAUGGAGAAGCUUGUCAUGACGAUAAUGCAUGUGUGAGCAAGAAUUGUGCUUUUGUAGGCACUUGCCAAGAUCCACCGGCUACUCCUACUGCCACUCCUACCGCCACUCCUACUGCCACUCCUACUACUACUAAUAAUCUUAAGGCAAAUCCUAAUGCUAAUUCUGAUGCUACUAGUAGUUCUAAGAAUCAACCUUUGUUCACGAAAUAA